UAAAACGUAAAAUAGACAUUUGCUAGGAAGUUAUUAAACCACCGUACUUUCACUUUAUAAAAUGUCAACAAAAAUGUUACGCCAUAAAGACUGAACAAUAAUUGUAUCCUUACCAAGUUACCAAUGCUGUCAGGGGACGUCAAGAAAUGUCAAGAGGUGUACUUUCCUUAAGAUUCAACCAAGAUCAUGGUUGUUUCACUUGUGCAACAGAAACUGGGCUAAAAAUCUACAAUGUUGAGCCAUUGACCCAAAAACUUUCCCUAGGGCAAGAUGUGGUGGGAAGUAUUGCAUCUGCAGAGAUGUUGUUUCGCUCAAACUUAGUUGCAAUGGUUGGAGGGGGAACCUCCCCAAAAUAUGACGAGAAAGCAGCAUUGAUAUGGGAUGAUACAGCAAAAAAAGUAGUCAUGGAUGUUUCUUUUAACCAGCCAGUGGUGUCAAUCAAACUCAAGUAUGACAGAUUAAUUGUGGUGUUGAGAAAUCAAAUCCAUGUCUUUAGUUUCCCCAAUAAUCCUACCUUGUUGCAUUCAUUUGAUACAAGGGAUAAUCCGAAAGGGCUGUGUGAUGUCAGUCCUUUUGGACAAGUGAUAGCUUUUCCUGGACGAAAAUGUGGCAGUGUGCAAAUCGCUGACCUAGAAACCACCCAGCCAGGGCAGUCCACGUCCCCCAUCACAAUCAGUGCCCACCAGGGGGAGUUAGCGUAUAUUACAGUGAAUCAACAGGGCACAUUACUGGCUACAGCUUCCAAGAAGGGAACAUUGAUUCGUGUCUUUGACACAACCACAAAGAAGUUGGUGGUGGAGCUACGCAGAGGUGCUGACCCAGCCACACUCUACUGCAUUACCUUCAGCCACGAUUCCUCAUUUUUGUGUGCCUCCAGUGAUAAAGGAACUAUUCAUAUUUUUGCUGUGAAAGACACGAGUCUGAACAGGAGAUCAACAUUUAAGAAGAUGGGGUUUCUGGGCACUUACGUAGAGUCUCAGUGGGGCUUGGCCAGCUUCACUGUGGCUGCAGAGUGUGCAUGUAUCUGUGCCUUCGGACCAGGGCAUUCAGUGAUAGCUGUGUGUGUUGAUGGGACCUUUCACAAGUAUGUGUUCACUACUGAUGGUAACUGCAAUAGGGAAGCCUAUGAUGUGUACUUGGACAUUGGGGAUGACUUUGAAUGAAGAGAGAAACUAAGUUGACGUACAUGUACCAGUCUAUUAUUUAACAUGUUGUUAUAGAAAAAUGAAUUUUCUAUUAAAUUUCUGUUUAAUGCAUGUACAUGUACAAUGUAUAUGUGGAAUAAUUUUAAAAUGUUUGAGGGUGUACAAUGUACACAUAUUUUAUGUUUUAUUGGUGUAACUCUUAAGCAAUGGCUGAGGAAUUUGGUACAUUUGAAGUUAUUUAGCCAGUUUUGCCUUGCCAGUAAGGUACCAGCAUACCAGCUAGUACAUGCAAUUGAACAUUUUGAAAGGAUUUCAUGUACAUUGUCUCAUCUGUGUAUACUUUCAUAUCAUUGCUUAUUUUGCACCUUUUAAAAAAAAUAUAUAUUUAAGUACAUGCAAAUGUUAAGUUCAAUUUUAAUCUGAAUGUAAAAAUCAACACAAUAAGCAUAAAGAGAUCUGAUUUUAUUUAUAUGUGAUAUAAAUAAACACAACAAUUGUCAA